AUGACAGAUCUUUUAAAUAUUAUCUUGAACAAAAUGCCAAACUGGAUUCAUCCACGGGAUACAGAAGGAAGGACUGCUCUUCAUUAUGCAGCAUCAGUAGGUUAUGAAAAAGGAGUUGAUUAUGGAUUUUUCCCACUGCAUUUGGCUUCUUAUGCUGCCCACGUUGAAGUAGUCCAGCAAUUGUUGAAACAAGAAUACUCCCUAGAACCUACGGAGACGCUUGACAAGGAUGGCCGGAAUAUUCUUCAUCUCGCAGUUGAAGGUGGAAAGUUUAGAAUGGUAAGACACAUCUUACAAUCCACUGACACAGAGGUUUCAAAUAUGAUAAAUGGACAGGAUGCGAAUGGGAACACUCCCUUGCACUUGGCUACUCUGCACUGCCUUUCAAAAAUUGUGCAUGCCUUAACAUGGGAUAAAAGGGUGAAUCUCAAUUUAGUUAAUAAAAGAUAUCAAACAGCACUCGCUGCCUUUAAGCCAUCUCCAAAUCCAUCCUUUCGACAGCAACUAACACGGUCAGCUUUAAUGUCUGCUGGCAUGCAGUCCAAGAACUCAAUAUUAUCAUCACCCAUUAAGAUCCCUCCGCCAGGUGAAAAGAACAUGCGAAAAUGCAACAACGAUUCCAGAAGCAUGGAACCAUACAAGGACAGAAUUAACACUCUUAUGUUGGUUUCAACCCUUAUAGUUACGACAGCAUUUUCUGCGACUGUGCCCGGUGGAACUAAUAGCUCUGAUCCAGGACAAGGCAUGGCUCUAAUGCUAAAUCGCAUAUGGUUCAAAUUAUUCAUCUUUUGCAAUACAGUGUCAAUGUAUGGUGCCUUCAUUGUUACUAUCAUACUCAUUUGGGCCCAACUUGGAGAUAUAACUUUGGCACUUCUUGCCCUUAAAGUGGCAAGUACUCUUCUGGGAAUCACUGUUGCAACACUGUGUCUAGCAUUUUUGGCUGCUGUGCACUUGGUUAUUAGUGAUCUCAGUUGGCUAGCCACUUCUUCCUUAGUCUUAGGUUUGCUAUUCAUUUUCUUGUUGUUGCUGUUGUACAUUCUCCUUUGGUUUCCCUCAUCAUCAAGGAACCCAGUAGUCAGAUAUAUCUCCUACUAUCCCUUUUUGUUGCUGGCAUCAGUGGUUGAACCUGAUGAAGAUUAA